AUGUCUUGCAAAACCUCCAGAAGCUCAUGUGGUAGCUGUGGUUAUGGCUCUGGCUAUUAUGGUUCUGGCUAUGGCUGUGGCUAUGGCUCUGGCUAUGGCUGUGGUUAUGGCUCUGGCUAUGGCUGUGGUUAUGGCACUGGCUAUGGCUGUGGUUAUGGCUGUGGCUAUGGCUCUGGUUAUGGCUGUGGCUAUGGUUCCAGAUAUGGCUGUGGUUAUGGCUCUGGCUAUGGCUGUGGCUAUGGUUCCAGAUAUGGCUGCGGCUAUGGCUCCGGAUAUGGCUGUGGCUAUGGUUCUGGAUAUGGCUGUAAUUAUGGCUCUGGAUAUGGCUCUACCUAUUGUGGAUACAGACCAUUUGUCUACCGAAGAUGCUAUUCUUGCUGUUAG